AUGGCGCCGCUCAUCCUGCACAACGUCCCCGAUGACGAAUGCUACGUUGGCGAGGACGGCAUCAAGCGACCCUACGCCAUGAUCUAUCCACACGAAGGCACAACGAGAACACGGCGCAGCAUCGCCGAAACAGGCUCUUUCGGAAAGUCAACAAGACGGUCUCGCUCUAAAACAGGGACUCCGGCUCGCGGUCGAGAGAAUCCCACGCUCGCCGCCGCAGACAAGCUCUUCUACGACUGGGUGUCCAACCAAUCCAAUUCCAACCCCCCCUCCAACCCCAACCAGCGCAAGACAAACGCCGGCGCCGCUUCAGGCGCGCAGGAAGAUGCCGUGCCCCAACGCGCCGCCGUCAAGUCCUCCCCUGUCGAGCUCAUCCUGAGGGGCUACCGCUCAUCGACCCAGCAAUACGCUGCCAUCGCCCACUACGAGUCUCUCGCCGGCCUCAUCCUCGAAGACUAUCCCAGAGAACCCCCGUCUUCGCAGAGACGAUACAAGUCGGAGCUCCGCGAUCCCGCAUUCACGCGCCGCCGAAACCUCACCUCCGAAGAGCGCGCCCUGGUCAACCGCGCCGAUGGUGGCGAGCACUGGGUCAAGGUCACGUUUGCCAGUGCAGAGGCCGGUAACGCCGCCGUUUACUCCAGCCCUCAGAGAAUACUAGGACACCUAGUCUACGCUGAGCCCUACCGGGGCGUGGCUCCAGCUAAAGACGAAGCCUGCCCGGACAUUGAGCAGCUGGAAGAGGGGCGAUCAAAAAGCGUACCGAACUUCGCGCCCCCCAGCUUCGGGCAUGCCCAACGGAAAUCGGUAUCGGGUCUCCCCACGACGUUUAACAGCCGUCUUCUCGACCUGUCUCCGGCUGAAUCUAGAGAGUCCAGCCAGACGAUGAACUCGACUACCCUCUCUCACGGCUCCAGUGCCACCAUCACAGAACCCAUACCCUUUGCGUUGACGUCUAGCAUCGAGCCCCUGGAAAUCGAUCAGGAAGAUAGCAUCUUCUGCAGACGCAUCCCCACCGCGCGCAAGGCUCGUCUCCUCCCCGCCGAGCAAGCCCUCCUGCCCCAGCAGUCCGUCAUGCAGCGCAUCCUCAACGCGCUUCCCAUCAUCAAGUGGUUCUCCGGCAGCAUGAUUGGCAACGAGGUGCCUCGGACGGAAACAGGCGAAUUCGACUGGAAUCGCGCCAGUCUUUACUGGAAGGUAAUCUGGUGGCUCGACGCUACGUUUAGUCUAUUCAAAGGCGAUGUGUAUUGCAUUGAUAAAGACGAUUAG